UGUUUGAUGUGAGCCGGUGUUGGACCUGUUGUUAUUUUUAAUGUGUUUUGCAUCACUUAUCAGUGUGAUGUAAUAAAGGUCUUAAACGGGUUCAUUCACCAGCGUAUCAGUUAAAACUUAAACAACUAUAGUGAUUGCCGGAUAACUGAAGGUCUUCAAGAUGGUGAAAGCUGUAGCAGUGAUCACCAUCAGCGAUACUUGCUUCAAGGACAACACUAAAGACACCUCGGGGCCGGCCCUCGCUGACUUUGUCAGAGAACUAUUCCCUGAAGCCAACCUCCAUACAAUCAUCAUUCCUGAUGAAAAGGAAAUCAUUGAACGGGAACUCAAAUAUUUCUGUGAAACUAACUUAGACUUGGUAUUGACUACUGGAGGGACAGGUUUGACACCUAGAGAUGUUACUCCAGAAGCAACUAAAGCAAUCAUACAGAGAGAAGUGCCGGGUAUCACAACAGCCAUUACACUGGCUAGUUUAAAAAAGACCCCAAUGGCCCAGCUAUCCCGUGCCGUAGCUGGCAUCAGAGACAAAACACUCAUAGUCAACUUCCCAGGCAGCAAAAAGGCUGUCACAGAGUGUUUUGAAGUAGUAAAGCCUAUUCUCCCACAUGCUAUAUCUCUGAUCCACAAUGAGGUAGCCGAGGUGAGCUACAUUCACAACUCCAUGCAGUUCAACCACACUUGCAUGCACAGUAGCAAUGUGGACAUCAGUAAGGUAGCUCUAAGACCCAGGGAGUCUCCAUUCCCCAUGAUAGAGAUGGCAGAAGCCUGGAAGAUAGUUGAUGAUGUGAUGUCAGAAUGGACGGAGAGAUUAGAAAUUGUGACGAUUGAAGAAGGACUAGGCAGAGUGGUUGCUCAGGCGCUACAUGCUAAGGAGCCUAUGCCACCUUUUCCUGCAUCAGUUAAAGACGGCUACGCGUGCCUCAGCAUAGACGGCGCGGGUCCACGCAAGGUGCGCAUCGCGGUGACUGCGGGCGACGCGCCCACCGCGCCGCUCUGCGCGGGCGAAUGCGCAAGAGUUAACACCGGCGCGGCCCUGCCUGCGGGGGCUGAUUGCGUUGUACAGGUUGAGGACACAAGACUCAUAUCAGCGUCUGAAGAUGGAAUGACGGAGCACGAGGUGGAAAUCCUGAAGGCGCCUGAACCUCAGCAGGAUGUCAGGAAUGUGGGCUUCGAUAUACCUAUGGGAACCGUUCUUGUUGACAAAGGACAUAUAUUAGACUCAGCUAAAAUCGGAAUACUUGCGGGAGCUGGAUAUCAAAACGUGACCGUUCGAGCGCCUCCCAAGGUGGCGCUACUGUCGACGGGUAACGAGCUACAAGAGCCUUCGGAUGUGAAACUAAAACCGGCACACAUCCGCGACUCCAAUAGGACCAUGCUAAGGGUAUUACUCAGAGAGCACGGCUACGACAGCAUAGACUGCGGCAUCGCGCGCGACACGCCGCCGGAGAUCGUGGCGGGCAUCGCGGCCGCGCUCAAGCUGGCCGACGUGCUCGUCUGCACCGGCGGCGUCUCCAUGGGCGAGAAGGAUCUACUCAAACCUGUGCUGCUCAAGGAUUUCAACGCUACUCUCCACUUCGGACGCGUGCGCAUGAAGCCGGGCAAGCCGUGCACGUUUGCCACGUGCGAGUUCGAAGGCAAGAAGAAAUAUAUCUUCGCGUUGCCUGGCAACCCAGUAUCAGCUUACGUGUGCGCCCUACUUUUCGUGAUCCGCGCGCUGCGCGUGUCGUGCGGGUCGCGCGGCGCGUGGGCGCGGCUGCGCGUGCGCCUCGCGCAGGCCGCGCAGCUCGACCCGCGCCCCGAGUACGCGCGCGCCGAGCUCGACCCGGCGCAGGACAGGGACAUGCCCGUCGCCACCAUGCUGGGCAGUCAGGUACGUUGCUCUGUACGUGCCGCGCAGCUCGACCCGCGCCCCGAGUACGCGCGCGCCGAGCUCGACCCGGCGCAGGACAGGGACAUGCCCGUCGCCACCAUGCUGGGCAGUCAGGUACGUUGCUCUGUACGUGCCGCGCAGCUCGACCCGCGCCCCGAGUACGCGCGCGCCGAGCUCGACCCGGCGCAGGACAGGGACAUGCCCGUCGCCACCAUGCUGGGCAGUCAGGUACGUUGCUCUGUACGUGCCGCGCAGCUCGACCCGCGCCCCGAGUACGCGCGCGCCGAGCUCGACCCGGCGCAGGACAGGGACAUGCCCGUCGCCACCAUGCUGGGCAGUCAGGUACGUUGCUCUGUACGUGCCGCGCAGCUCGACCCGCGCCCCGAGUACGCGCGCGCCGAGCUCGACCCGGCGCAGGACAGGGACAUGCCCGUCGCCACCAUGCUGGGCAGUCAGGUACGUUGCUCUGUACGUGCCGCGCAGCUCGACCCGCGCCCCGAGUACGCGCGCGCCGAGCUCGACCCGGCGCAGGACAGGGACAUGCCCGUCGCCACCAUGCUGGGCAGUCAGGUACGUUGCUCUGUACGUGCCGCGCAGCUCGACCCGCGCCCCGAGUACGCGCGCGCCGAGCUCGACCCGGCGCAGGACAGGGACAUGCCCGUCGCCACCAUGCUGGGCAGUCAGGUACGUUGCUCUGUACGUGCCGCGCAGCUCGACCCGCGCCCCGAGUACGCGCGCGCCGAGCUCGACCCGGCGCAGGACAGGGACAUGCCCGUCGCCACCAUGCUGGGCAGUCAGGUACGUUGCUCUGUACGUGCCGCGCAGCUCGACCCGCGCCCCGAGUACGCGCGCGCCGAGCUCGACCCGGCGCAGGACAGGGACAUGCCCGUCGCCACCAUGCUGGGCAGUCAGGUACGUUGCUCUGUACGUGCCGCGCAGCUCGACCCGCGCCCCGAGUACGCGCGCGCCGAGCUCGACCCGGCGCAGGACAGGGACAUGCCCGUCGCCACCAUGCUGGGCAGUCAGGUACGUUGCUCUGUACGUGCCGCGCAGCUCGACCCGCGCCCCGAGUACGCGCGCGCCGAGCUCGACCCGGCGCAGGACAGGGACAUGCCCGUCGCCACCAUGCUGGGCAGUCAGGUACGUUGCUCUGUACGUGCCGCGCAGCUCGACCCGCGCCCCGAGUACGCGCGCGCCGAGCUCGACCCGGCGCAGGACAGGGACAUGCCCGUCGCCACCAUGCUGGGCAGUCAGGUACGUUGCUCUGUACGUGCCGCGCAGCUCGACCCGCGCCCCGAGUACGCGCGCGCCGAGCUCGACCCGGCGCAGGACAGGGACAUGCCCGUCGCCACCAUGCUGGGCAGUCAGGUACGUUGCUCUGUACGUGCCGCGCAGCUCGACCCGCGCCCCGAGUACGCGCGCGCCGAGCUCGACCCGGCGCAGGACAGGGACAUGCCCGUCGCCACCAUGCUGGGCAGUCAGGUACGUUGCUCUGUACGUGCCGCGCAGCUCGACCCGCGCCCCGAGUACGCGCGCGCCGAGCUCGACCCGGCGCAGGACAGGGACAUGCCCGUCGCCACCAUGCUGGGCAGUCAGGUACGUUGCUCUGUACGUGCCGCGCAGCUCGACCCGCGCCCCGAGUACGCGCGCGCCGAGCUCGACCCGGCGCAGGACAGGGACAUGCCCGUCGCCACCAUGCUGGGCAGUCAGGUACGUUGCUCUGUACGUGCCGCGCAGCUCGACCCGCGCCCCGAGUACGCGCGCGCCGAGCUCGACCCGGCGCAGGACAGGGACAUGCCCGUCGCCACCAUGCUGGGCAGUCAGGUACGUUGCUCUGUACGUGCCGCGCAGCUCGACCCGCGCCCCGAGUACGCGCGCGCCGAGCUCGACCCGGCGCAGGACAGGGACAUGCCCGUCGCCACCAUGCUGGGCAGUCAGGUACGUUGCUCUGUACGUGCCGCGCAGCUCGACCCGCGCCCCGAGUACGCGCGCGCCGAGCUCGACCCGGCGCAGGACAGGGACAUGCCCGUCGCCACCAUGCUGGGCAGUCAGGUACGUUGCUCUGUACGUGCCGCGCAGCUCGACCCGCGCCCCGAGUACGCGCGCGCCGAGCUCGACCCGGCGCAGGACAGGGACAUGCCCGUCGCCACCAUGCUGGGCAGUCAGUGUAGCAGUCGUCUUCUGAGCGCUUGCGGGUCGAACGUGCUGCUGGAGCUACCGGCCGCCACGGCGUCCCAGCAGCGACUGCCGGCCGGCGCCGUCGUCUCCGCGCUCAUUACCGGCAGACUCGAUGUAUUCUCUUAGAUACAUUCGCAUGUAUAGUCCUCGCAAAACUCACAGGCGGUCUACAGCUAAAUUCCGAGCACAAGUACGCGCAUAUUGCCCAUAUCCCUCACGCACCCUUGCCAUAUGCCUCCUGCGCAGCAAAGCGUGCAAUGUGCCAUGCCGAUAAAAGUUUGGCGAGAACUACACUUAGCAUACGAUCUGCCUUAGUGACUUAAUAACUGUAGUAUGCUAGCAAAAGAUACAAAAACCUUAGAAUAAGCCAUCACUUGACUCUUGUAACAUAUUUCAAUCAUUGUGUAAUAUGUUCCGGCUUGGCCAUAUUUUGCGAUACAUAGGUAAUCUCGAUGUGAAAGUAUUUUUUUUUAAUAACAAAAAUAUAAACCUAUGUAAAUAUGUUGUCACUGGCGGUUGUCUCGCAGUGUGAAUCUCAAAGAAGCGAAUACAUAUGUUUUCUUACAAGUACCUAGUAAUUUUAAGUAAAGUAUUUCAAUAAUUUCCCGACUGCGCUAGAAGGGUUAAAUACCUACAUACUAUGUAACGAAAUCAAACCUAGAAGACCGAUAAUACCAUCGCUGUAUCUAGUAGUAGGUCAUCAUAUUAUAAUUGUAGCUUAAUUAAAUAAAUGAUAAUAAACAAAUAAUAAAAGGAAGCGCAACGUGCGCAAAAAUAGUAAUACAGAACAUAAAAUAUUAUAUUGUACACUAGUUCUCCAUAGUGAUAUUUUCUAGUAACUGUUGGUGCUGCUGUACUUUUAACGAAACAUAUCAAUAAAAUUAUUUUUUAACUGUU